GGUGGAAACCCACCAUAACUCCGCGGAGGGGGUUAUUGGUGUGUGUGUGUGGGGGUGGGACCAUGGAAGAAAAGCUCCAGGCGCAUCAGGUGGAGAUCGACCCGGAUUUCGAGCCGCAGAGCCGACCCCGGUCCUGCACUUGGCCUCUCCCGCACCCUGACUUCGCGGCGGAGGAAGAGGAUGGGGUUUCGGCAGGGGGACCCCCGGCUCUGGCAGCGCCAACGGGUACCGGAGAAGGAGCUGAGAACACGGUGGCCCAGGUGGAGCGCAGAGCCGCUGCUGCAGCCCCCCUGCCACCCCCUGGCACGGACAUCGGGCAGCUCCGCAAAGCCAAGACGUCCCGAAGGAACGCUUGGGGUAACCUCUCCUAUGCCGACCUCAUCACCAAAGCCAUCGAGAGCUCGCCUGAGAAGCGCCUCACCCUCUCCCAGAUCUAUGACUGGAUGGUGCGAUACGUCCCCUACUUUAAGGAUAAAGGAGACAGCAACAGCUCCGCUGGAUGGAAGAACUCCAUCCGGCACAACCUCUCCCUGCACACCCGCUUCAUCCGCGUGCAGAACGAGGGCACUGGCAAGAGCUCCUGGUGGAUGCUGAACCCCGAGGGGGGCAAGACGGGGAAGACGCCCCGCCGGCGGGCAGUCUCAAUGGACAACAACAGCAAGUUCCUGCGGAUCAAGGGCAAGGCCAGCAAGAAGAAGCAGCUGCAGGUUACACAGGAGCGUGGGGAGGACAGCCCUUCCUCCCAGCAAGCCAAGUGGUCAGAGAGCCCCGCGUCCCACGCCAGCGACGAAUACGAUGCCUGGGCGGACUUCAGGACACGGGCCAACUCUACGACCAGCACGCUGAGUGGGCGCCUGUCGCCUAUCAUGUCCAACCAUGAGCCGGACGAGCUAGAGGAGGAUGACGGAACGCCCUCCUCUCCGCUGAUGUACCCCAGCCCCUCCAGCACCAUGUCUCCUUCCCUCAACGCCCGCUGCUCCGUGGAGCUGCCCCGGCUGACCGACCUGACAGGCACCAUCAGCCUGAACGAGAGCCUUGGGGAGAGCAUGCUGGAGGAUCUGCAGGAUGGCUACACCAUGAGCCCUUCACAGCAGCUCCCUCCGGCCGCCCUGCGGCAACGGAGCUCCAGUUUCACUUUCAACUCCAAGUGCUCCAGCAUGGGGGCUGCCACCAACACCUACUGUGGGACUAUCUACAGCCAACCGGCCAUGAGCCUCAUGCGUCGCCUGCCCAUGCAGACCAUCCAGGAGAACAAGCAAGCCACCUUCUCGCCCGUCAGCUCCUACAGGAACGCCUCGCUGCAGGACCUGCUCUCCUCCAUCUCCUACGCGCACAAGGAGAGCAUGGUCCCGGGGGACCUGCCCCUGCCGCAGGCCAGCCCCAUGGUGCCGGCCCGUGGCCACAGACACAACCCGCUGCUCUGCGGGAAUGGGGAGCAGGGUUUGUCCUCCUACCCGUCCCACUCGGGCUCUCUCAUGAAGAGCAACGCUUUGUACCACCCGUCACCAGCCGGUCACCACCCUGCGGUCAACACCAGUGCCUUAGCUAAUCCUGUCAGCCUUAUGAGCUUGCCCAGUGACACGUGCAGCGUGACAGCCAUGCCGCACCACGGGCACCUGCAUUCCUACGCUAAUAACCAAGGGGCACACAUGAGCUUGCUGGAUUCGCUGCAGGGCCCCUACCCGGGGGCCGUCCACCCCCCCGUGUUGGGUCAAGACAGGUUCCCAGCAGACCUGGACCUGGACAUGUUCAACGGGAGCUUGGAGUGCGACGUGGAGUCCAUCAUCCUGAAUGACUUUAUGGACAGUGAUGAGAUGGACUUCAACUUCGACUCGGCUCUCCCGCCGCAGAACGGGCUCAACGUGCCCGCGCUGCCAGGGGGUCCGCAGCCCACGAACCAGAGCUGGGUGCCUGGGUGACGCCCGCCCCAGGGGAACAUUGAAGCCACGAGGGGAACGUUGAGACUAACUUUUUUUUUUCCUUUCUCUUCUGCCUUUGUUUGUUAAGAUGGGCCAGAGCCAUCGGUCUGAGCUUGAGGUCAAACACGAAACACAAACCAUAGGGUCAACUACUGGGACGGGGUAGGGCCCUCAGCCCCCAUGCGUGCCCGAUCUGCUGAGUCCUCCUCUGAGCAUCCUCUGGAGGAUAGAGGGUGGGAGAGGGAGCUGGAGCCAGGCGGGUCCAGGGCAGGGAGUGGGAAGGGAAAGCCUUUCCAGGCAGUCCCAGUGCCCUGCUGUGAUGGUGCUGGUUUGAUUCGUCCUUGAGCUGGGUGACAAAGCGGUGACGGCUGGUGGUGUAGGAAUCCCCUGCUGGGCAUCCCUUACUGGAAAGGGACCCUUUGCUCUGAGCCACCUCAGGAAAUGAGUCCUCUGAGUAAAAGUAUCAGGAGCGGAGACUGUGCCCAGGGCAAGAGGGGACUUGGUACCCCUAAAUCCUGGUGGAGACCGGAGCUCUGCCAAGCCCACACGCCUGAGCCACCUCCGUUGCAGGUCUCCUUGCAUGAGUGCAGGUGGGUUUUCUUACCAAGCGGAGCUGGUGAUGGAGGGAUGCAAUCUGCAGCCCCGGGGACAGCAUCUCCACAGCCCGCGUGCCCACAGGUGCCUGGAAGUGCUACGGUCACUCUGCCUGAAGUGGGUGUGCACAUGCUUUGGCUUGGGAGGUCCUGCUGCAGGGAUGUGCUGCUGGGAUGGGUCCCCCAUGCCAGAGGCUCCCGGGAAGCUCACAAGGUCAGGGAGGGGGGGGCGUAUUUAUUUGAUUUCAUGCACUCUUUUGCCGUUAAGUUUUUGCAUCAGAAGGAAGACGAAGUUGAGCUUAAGGAGGGAAGGAGAGAGGUUGUGGGCAAUGCUGAGGGCUGCCCAUUGUGCAUCUUGUCUUGGUGUUGGAUGAUGGGGGGAUGUCUUCAGGCAGGGGAUGUGUGUGUGUGAAGAAGGGAGGGGUGCGAUGGCCACAGUUGACACACGCUGCUUCCCCUGCAUGCAGAGCUCAGAGAGGUGUUGCGCGGUUCACAGCUGGGGCUGGGGGGCUCCUGGGGGGCUGCAGGUUGUUUCAGGAGUGACUCCAGGAGCAGCCAGCAUGCACCUAGAGGAUCACUGCCUGUCCCCAAGAUGACAGGAGAGCUGGUCUGGAGGGGUGGCAGUAAGAGGAGUCAGUCUGGUACACCCACCCGCCCCGAAGCUUCAUGGGGAUGGGGAUCACCUUUCACAUGCGGUCCUGGCGUGCGUUGGGAGCUACACCCGCCUCAGAUCCUCUGCCGUCCUGCACAGCUCGGACGAGAGCAUUGUGCUCUGCUGGGCAGGAGUGAGCCAGGGACCCUCUGCCAUCCUGCACAGCUGCCCACUGCGGGGUUUUGGAGUGGCGCAGGUAGGCGGACUGAUGAACGGCUGGUCCAGAGGAGAUGGCAGGGCUGGGAGGAGACAGUGGGAGCUGCUGCUCUGUCCCACAGGGCUCUGUGCCACAGACUUUCUCUAACACCCAUGCCCCUGGGUUGCAGCAAGGGUCAGUCCACUGAAGCAGCCCUUUUUCCCAGCCCACCUCUUCCCUUCUUGCCUCAGCACCACCUCCUCCACCAUGGUGUGGGCACUGGGUCCCACCGUGCCACAGGGGAAGCCAGGGCAGGAUGGGACCCCGGGUUGGGCACCUCCUGCUCCUCUCCUGACCCAUGUGUCCACGGUGAAAUGUGACAGAGGAGCCCCUUGUGCCACUGUUCACCUUCGCCCUGGGCAGAGUCUCUACAAGACAUUCUUACAGGUUAAUUAAUUAUGUUUACAUUAUUUGAUCAUGUACAGAAUUUAAUAUAUUCUAUUAUAUAUAAUCUUUUUUGAAUGCUUUUUUUUUUUU